AUGAGGUCUCUCGAAGUGUUGGUACUUGUAAUCGCUCUGUGUCACGAGUGGUGCCAUUCUGAAACCGUAGAAACGAAGACCUUGAGGCUCUGUAUAUCGCAGAACUCCUGCGAGAAUUGUUUAGAAGCCAGCUUGUCGUGCGCGUGGUGCAGCGACUGGUCCUACACGAAUUCCAGCCACGGAAAGCCCAGAUGCAACGUGCCGGAGAGACUAAAGGAUUUCGGUUGUCCACCAGAGGAAAUCCGUACGGCUCAUCCGGGAUCAGUGACGCUCGUGGAGGAUUUCAACUUUAAGGAUGUGGAAGUAGCCGACGAGAUACCCGUACAACUACGGCCGCAGAAAGUGAAAGCAAAAAUCAGACCGAAUUCGAAGACAGUGAUUCAGCUCCGUUAUAGGCCAGCCAAGAAUUAUCCCCUGGAUCUGUAUUACUUGAUGGAUUUAACGUGGUCGAUGAAGGACGACAAAGACACGCUUGUCAGCCUGGGAUGGAACAUGACGAACACGCUAGAAAGAUUCACAAAUAAAUUCCGACUGGGCUUUGGUACCUACGCGGACAAGCCUCUUAUGCCUUUCGUUUUUCCCGGACACGAGGAAAAUCCUUGUAAAAGCGCGCUCGCCGAGUGUUCACCGUUAUAUAUUAAAGAAGUAAACCAGAGCUCCGUUACUGGAAACGUUGACAAUUUGGAAGGGGGAAUGGACGGAGUGGUUCAGAGUAUCCUUUGCGUGAACGAAGUCGACUGGGCUCAUCAGGCGCGAAAGAUAAUAUUGGUGGCUACGGAUGGGUUUCUGCAUUUCGCAGGAGAGGGAAAGCUGGCUGGUGCGAUAACUCGCCAAGACUUCAAGUGUCAUUUGGAUAAGAACGGACUAUAUUUUAUGUCGAAAACGUACGACUACCCUUCCCUGGGAGAAGUAUCGAGACUAUUACGGGACAACAAAAUCAAUUUAAUAUUCGCUGUGACGGAGGAUCGACGUGACGACUACAAAUUAAUAGCAAGUUUGUUACAAGAGAACGCUAGAGUCGCCACGCUAACCAGCAAUAGUUCAAACAUUCUGGAGAUCGUCGAGAGCGUUUAUCACGACCUGAUCACGAGAGUUGUACUACGGGACAAUUCGACGAAUCCGCUUCGUGUACGAUACUUCUCUAAUUGUCAACGAAAAAACACCUCAGAAUUUAGUACGUCGGAAUGCGAUGGAAUACAAGAGGGUAGGGUUUACGACUUUAACGUUGAGCUCUCUUUUGACGAGUGUCCACGGAAUGAAAGUCUGUGGAGACAAACUAUUGUAAUCGACGAUGCAUUAGCAUCCGAGGCUUCCAAAGUUGUAAUCGAAGUUGAACUUUUGUGCGGUUGUAACUGCAAAGACUCGGAAAGCUCGCAUUGCAUACAUGGCAUUGACGAAUGCGGCUUCUGCAAAUGCGAUUUCGGAUGGUCUGGAGAACACUGUGAUUGCGAUGAAAGUUCACCAAUAGAGAACAAAUUACAAUGUUUCGGUCCCAAUUCUACGAAUGUCUGUUCCGACAAGGGCGAGUGCAUUUGCGGAAAAUUUUAUUGUUAAUAGAUCGAUGGAUUAGAAUGUAUGGGUAGAGGAACGUGCAAGUGCGGUGUCUGUCAUUGUUUAGAAGGCUGGAAGGGAAAUGCCUGUCAGUGUCCUUCGACGGAUGACUUUUGUUUUGCACCCGGAACUGAAAAUGUCUGCGCUGGUCACGGCUACUGUGAUUGUGGAGAAUGUCGAUGUAACGUUACUGCCGCAGACGGUUCUUAUUACCGAGGUACUUACUGCGAGUCGUCGGUUAGCGCAGGCGGAAGUGGCCUUUGCGUCCUGUACAACUCUUGCGUUAACGCCACUAUCGAAGAACCGCAGAGAAUUGAUCAAUUUUGUCGAACAAAUGUUACUGAUUACAGCACUAAAAAAGUGAACUCCGUCGAUAUAGCAAACGAACAUUAUUGUUUCGUGAAGACUGUUAAAGAGAAGCAAACAUGCAUCAUACCAUAUAUAUAUGAGUUCCAGAAAAACAACGCUGUCCUUUUGAAAAUAGGAGAAAAGAUAUGCAGUACUCGUGUAAACGUGGCACUCGUGCCAUCUAUAAUCGCCUUCGUAACACUGUUCUUCGGAAUAGUAUGUUUAUUAAUUUGGAAGGUUUGGACCACGGUACAAGACAGAAGGGAGUACGAAAAGUUUGAACAAGAAAGAAAAAAAACUGUGUACAGUUUGCAUGAAAAUCCUUUGUAUAAACCUGCUGUAACACGAUUCAGAGUUCCAUCGAUGUUUAAAGAAGAUUAA